AUCAUCAGUGUACAAGGUCAUCAUUAAGAAUCAAGAUGAGAACCUGAUUUCUGAUACUGUUAGACAUUGGUUCCAAAAUGUAGACAAGGGAGAUGACAUUCUGUUAUAUAGACAAAAUGUCUUGCCCAAGUAAAAAGCAUGCACAUUGUUCUACAAUGGAAACUCUGGUUGAAGAUACAUGUUCUCCUCAGCGUACCAGUGCUCGCUGCUACUCGAGAAACUCUUCUGUUACAUCACUAGCAGCAUUUCGCAAUGAAUGGCUUAGACUAAGCACAUUUACUGAGUAUCCUGUUAGUUCACCUACAUCAUGUCUUGCUCUCGCUCGCAAUGGCUUUUUUUAUAAAGGUUCUGGAGCAGACGAUGUGGUCACGUGCUACAGUUGCCAUGUAAGAAUAAGUAAUUGGUUAGAGCAAGAUGACGUUUUAGAAGUCCAUAAGACUGUAUCUCCCUCUUGCCCCAUGGUGACCGGCACAGAAAGUAAUAAUAUACCAAUUAACCCCGGAGAUAAACCAUUCGAUGAUUUACUAAGCACUCUAAACAAUUUAGUUGUCAACAACGUGCCUAAUGAGGCUGGUGAGAUCAGUAUUUUGAAUGCAUUCACUUCCGAGCCUCAAGGAGACACAAGGACUACUCAGAGAAAUAUGUCUUCUGAAGACGAUUAUGGAAACAAUCAGACAGUGGCACAAGACAGUCUAUUAAAUGCAGGAAGACUUGGUGAAGACAUGUUUGUUUCUGCUGGUAAAGAGACACGACAAUGCUCGCAAAAGAGAUCAAACGAUACAGGUAAGAUCAAGAUUAUUGCAUCACGUGGACCAGAAACAUCAUGGACGCACUCGGAUGACUUGGCUUCUGAGCCACAUACAUUUGAUGUUCAUUCCAGCUUAGAUCACAUAGAUAAAAUAUCACAAGAAAAUGUGAAAGAAUCAACAAAUAAAGCACACGAAUUAAUUAAUUGUAAUGCAAACAGCUCUACUAUUACCCAAAGGCCUAGAAGCGCAGCUUUACUAUUUGACAGAAACUCCACUGUUAAGCUAGGAACAGAUACUACUAUAGAGUUGCACGAAACAUGCACAAAUAACGAUGUGGCCGAGCAAGCUGGAAAUGGCUUAGAUUUCACAAAAAUUGAAGUCAGCACAGAGAAACCAAUAUGCGUUGACUUAGCGAAUAGAAGUCACAGAAUCAACACAUUCAAAGACUGCUCGAAGCUACAUCAACGAAAAGUUGAACAUUUGGCAGAUAGUGGCUUCUAUUACACAGGAAGUAACAGUACAACAGCAAAUGUCCAGUGUUUCGUAUGUGGUUGGAAGUUCAUUAAUUGGGAACACGAAGACGAUGUCUGGCUUCAACACGCACUACAUUCUCCAACUUGUUGUUUUGUGAAACAAAUAAAGGGACAGACUUAUGUUGACGUAGUCCAGGAACUUGCCCAUACGAAAAAAAAGCCAACCUCUGCUAUGGAAACUGGUGCUACGGGAGGGCGUGUUUCUCCUUUAGACCUAAGACAUGGAAAGUUUUUAACACCAGAUGACAUACGACUAAGGUGUCGGGAAAAAGGGAAAUCUUCUAUGUCUGAGGAUAGGCAAUUUUUUGACAGUCCUUCAGUUCCAAGGAAAUCUGAUAACUUGGACGUCGAACGAUUGAGGGAGGAAAAUAAGAAUUUACGAAUGAGGACGAGCUGCAAGGUAUGUACAGACAAGGAAGUUGAGUUUGUCUUUCUGCCCUGUGGUCACUUCAUCGCUUGCUCACAAUGCGUCAAUGCUUCAGCUGAGUGCAAGAUUUGCAAAACAGCAAUUAUCGGAAUAUUACGUGCUUAUAUCAAAUAACAAAAACAUGUAUCGAUUCGUCAUAGAUGUGGUCAGAGGCAAGGGAAAUAGAAUGUUUCCUUUCACCCAUAAACCUCUAAAUUUUUAUUAGUGCUUUAAAUAUUUUUUUUCUAUUAAAUAUCAAUUUCUAUUGGUCAAACUAAGAUAUUAAUUACUAAGAUUUUUUGUUAAUUCCACAUUGUAAAGAUUCUAUGAGAUGUACACAGUCAAAAAGUGGCCCCGUAAAGAAAAUCUUUUUUUUUCUUUAUCGGUAUCGAAAUUGGAAAUAUUUGGAUUUCAAUACUUUAAAAUAUCGGUAUCGAAAUUGGUAAUAUUUGGAUUUCAAAACUUUAAAAUAUCGGUAUCGAAAUUGGUAAUAUUUGGAUUUCAAAACUUUAAAAUAUCGGUAUCGUAAUUGGAAAUAUUUGGAUUUUAAAAUUUUAAAAUAUCGGUAUAGAAAUUGGAAAUAUUUGGAUUUUAAAAUUUUAAAAUCUCAAAGCACUGCGAUUCACAUUCGCUUUUCCAAAUUUUGCGUCAUAAAAAAAAGAAAAAAGCUAUGUAUUUAUUUAUGAAGAUAUUCCUAUACAACGCAGAAUUUAUUUUUGAAGCUUUAUCUCUAUUUCUCUCUUUCUCUCUCUCUGUUUCUAUCUCUCUUUCUCUCUCUCUCUCUCUCACUCACUCUCUCUUAGCGUACAAUAUACAAUUUCUAUACAAUUUUCCAGGAUAUAGCCAGUUGGUUGGAAAAAAAAAGAUAAUUUUUAUGUAGGGCCUACUUGUAUUAUGACAAAUUAUUGGAAAUUUAUGUUUACGGAACUAUAUUAUUUUGUAUUCAUUUAAUAAUAUGGAAUCAGGUAGAAGCGUUGAAUUUAGCAACCUUUCAUCUCUCUUGCCUGUCCGUUGACUUUCGUCCUAGGUGUGUUGUGACAGUUCGCAUGACCUAAUCCCUCCACUUUUCACGGUCAGUAACUGUAAGCUGUUCCUUCAAUCGUUUCAUCUUUACCGUAGCAUUGUCUUGGUGGAACCUUUCUCCUCUCAAAGACCAAUUUUUCAUUGUGGAAUAUAAACAAAAACCCACUCUAUGUGUCAGGUUUGUGUUAUCGACUGACUUAGUUCUUCUUAGGUUCUUCAUAUAAAUCCACUGAAUUAGUCAAUAAUAAAGCUUUUCGUGGAGUCCGGAGAUUGAGGAGUAGACUGUUACAAUUGAAUAGGGUAGAGUUUGUCUUAAUAACUUCAAAACUUCAAGUUGAUGACCCACAGUUCAUUGCGUGCCUUAAAUUUAGUUAAAGUUAGGUGACAAAAUAAUUCUAGUUUACCAAAAAAAUCCUUCAAGUAGAGAUCACAAAAACAUUUAACACACUAUCAGACCACAAUAUAGGAGGCGCGGUGGCUGACGGUUUAGGCACUUUAUUUCCGAUCAUGGGGCUCUGGGUUCGAAUUGGAAAUUUCAGGAUUUUAGGACGCCCAUGAGUCCACUCAACUCUAAUAGGUACCUGGAUAUAGUUGGGGAAAAGUAAAGGCAGUUUGUCGUUGUUCUGGACACAUGGCACCCUGCUCGUUGAUCGUUCGCCAAAGAAACAGAUGACCUUAACAUUAUCUGACCUAUAGAUCGCAAGGUCUGAAAGGGUAACUAUACUUUACUCUUUUUUUUUACAGUAUAUCAUGUGACUACGCAGCCGCAGUUGUAAUCUACAUAUUUAAUCACUUCCAGCAACCGAGUUUGUUUUAUUAUUACGAUAAAUUACAGCUCAGUCAAAACAAACACAUUUACUAGCAGAACACUCAAUUAGUUGAAGUGUUCAGAUGUAAGAGACAUGAGUGUUUUGUAUCCUACAAAUAGAAUGUUCUACACAAAUAGAACUUUCUAUACAAAUAGAACUUUCUACCCAAAUAGAACUUUCUACCCAAAUAGAACUUUCUAUACAAAUAGAACUUUCUAUACAAAUAGAACUUUCUACACAAAUAGAACUUUCUAUACAAAUGGAGCUUUCUAUACAAAUGGAACUUUCUAUACAAAUAGAACUUUCUACCCAAAUAGAACUUUCUAUACAAAUAGAACUUUCUAUACAAAUAGAACUUUCUACACAAAUAUAACUUUCUAUACAAAUAGAACUUUCUAUACAAAUAGAACUUUCUAUACAAAUAGAACUUUCUACACAAAUUGAACUUUCUAUACAAAUAGAACUUUCUAUACAAAUAGAACUUUCUAUACAAAUAGAACUUUCUAUACUCAGAAAGACACAAAGAUAAAGGCACAUUCCUCUUUCCAUAUGCUAGGACAAAUUUGUACAAAUACUCCUUCUUCCCUAGUGCUAUUACAUAAUGGAAUGUGUUGCCUGAGCUAGCCAGGAAAACCAGUGACUUGGCAGAAUUUAAGUCAUUGGUUGACAUGCAUGACUAAAUUCAUGAUACGUAGGACGUAAUCGUCUUCUUUUUUUUUUGAAGUAACGUCUGUAUUAUAUAAGAUAAGAUAAGAUAAGAUAAUGAGAUUGGACUAUAGCGCCAUGAGCAUGUUAUAAACAUGUGGGAAGCGUGGUCAAUAGGCUAAGUGUGCUUGAACUUAGCUUGGCCUGGCUACCUUGAAGGGGGCUCGAGGUUCGACACCCGACUCGGGCAGAGUUGUGUUUACUCAGCGCCUGAAGGCAGGACGGAAAAACCUUCUCCUAGAUACCCCCUCCCACCCCCACCCCCCAACUCACUGGUCCACAAAUGAGAUUGGACCAAAGCACUCUGAGCAUGCUAUAAGCGUGAAAGUAGCGAUAUAUAAAAGCCAUAAUUUUUUUAUUUUAUAUAGGCUAAUAGCUAUAAUUUGUUUUAUUUUAUUUAUUUUUACAUGCUGCUAUUUUUGUAUCUGGCUUUCUGUUAUUGCUUUCUUAAUAAACCAAUCUAAAACACA